AGUGUUCCUCUCUCCCGGGGUCCUGGCCGCGGCAGAAGAGGCAGGCAGGCAGACGAGCAGGGCGAGGAUGAAGGGCUUGUGGCUGUUCCUGGCCCUGCUGUUGGUGGCGGUGCUCCUGGGCCUGGCGGCGGUGAGCUUCUCCCUGGUGUGGACCUGCUACUACCGCGAGGGCCUCGGCUGGGACGGCGACGCCCGCGAGUUCAACUGGCACCCGGUCCUCAUGGUCACGGGCUUCAUCUUCAUCCAGGGCCUCGCAAUAAUUGUGUACAGGUUACCAUGGACCUGGAAAUGCCACAAACUCCUGAUGAAAUUAAUCCACGCUGGGUUAAAUUCUAUUGCUUUCGCUCUGGCAGUUGUUUCACUGAGGGCUGUUUUUGAUUUCCAUAAUGCUAAGAAUAUUGCUAACAUGUACAGCCUGCACAGCUGGAUUGGAUUGAGUGCUGUCAUUCUUUACGGAGUACAGCUCCUUGUAGGCUUGGCAGUCUUCCUGCUUCCCUUUGCUCCUGCUUCUGUUCGGGCAUUCGUUAUGCCAAUACAUGUUUAUUCGGGCCUUUUCCUCUUUGGAUCUGUGAUUGCCACAGCGCUCAUGGGAAUUACGGAAAAGCUGAUUUUUUCUUUGAAAAUACCUGGACCUCGGUACCAAGAUUUCCCUGAUGAAUCUCUCGUUGUCAACACCCUUGGGGUUAUCCUUGUGCUCUUUGGUGUGUUUGUGUUGUGGAUGGUAACAAGGCCACACUGGAAGCGCCCAGCAGAACAAACCUCAACACCACAGCAAAACAUGGGGAGACUGGAUUAUGAUGGAGAGGGAUUGGUUAUGGCUGAUGAGUCUGCUGUAGAGGCCAACGGUGAGGCUGCCGCUAGAAAGCGAAAUCCCAUACUCGAUGAAGCUGCACAGAGGUCAACUAUGUGAAGAUGAUGGUGGCUGUCAGAGAAGCACAUCUUUCAAUACAGAGAGGACUACCUUUCGUUCACCCUCAGCCUUUCAGCAUGAUAUAUAUUGCUUCCUUAAUGCUGUUUGGCAUUGCCAAAUUGAUUAUACUUGGUUAAGGGUUUUUUUAAUCCAGAAGAAUCCAUGCUUAUUGUUUGUGUGUUCUUAUUAUAUCCUUGGAUAAAAAGAAACAACACCGAAGUGCAACAUGUCAGUUUGACAAGCAGUUGUGUUUGCUUCUGACAAAAUUUCACUCUGGUGCUUUUUGCCAGGGAAUGUUUAAAGCACUUGGUGACUCCCUAAAAUAUUUCUAGAAAGAACAUAAUAAAUUAUCAGUAAUUUCAGAUACUGGAAGAAAGGAAAGCUAAUUUGAGGUGCAGAGGGAAGGCAGGGAAACACCCAACUUUUGCAUAAAUUUCUCCAAAACCAUUUUUGUCAGUAUCGCUGACGUGACAUCUCUUCAUGUAGUCUAGGGGCCCUUCCACACAGACAUAUAACCCAGAAUAUCAAGGCAGAAAAUUCCACCAUAUCUGCUUUGAACUGGUUUAUCUGAGUCCACACUGUCAUAUAUCCCAGUUCAAAGCAGAUAAUGUGAGAUUUUAUUCAGAUGUGUGGAAAGGGCCAAGGAUUGUGUAGAGUUUUAGCCACAUGUUGCUUGGAGCCCUCCCAUGGCUUGCUCAUGCUCCUUGCUCCCCCAAACACAACAGGUCAUAAUACUACAUUGAAAAAUGGCCAUCCACAACCCCCUCUUCCAGCUUCUGCCUAUUAUGCUACAUCUGGAGUCCUUUUUAUACCAUCUCACUUUCAAAUGGGUCAAAUGGCAAGGGUUGGUUUUUUUUCAGACAAGAAGUAGCUGUCCAUCUCUGGGGUUGGGAAGAUGCCAUUAGCAAUUCUUUGGCAUCCAAAAAUUGAACAAAUGCUCUCCAUUGUGGGUAGACAUGUGGAGACAUGAGUGUGUGUUCUCUUCCACUUGUGUUGCUGCCAACAUAUUACUUUUCUGAACAUUCCUACAAAAUUGUUACUGGCACUUCUAACUCUAAACAUACAUACAGACCUGUACUUUUUCUUAAGUGUUGACAUUUUUGAAUUUUGCAGAUCAGAUUCAUGUAAACCUGUGCACUGGUGCUAUAAAAAUCCUAAGGUGUUCACCAAUAACUGCACUCAUAAACCAUUUGUUUAGGAACGGUAUCAUAUAAAAAUAUUAUGGAUGCAUGUUUAGGAAUUACACAGAGAACUAUGUCUUUGUUGCAUUGUCUUCUACAAUAAGAAAAUGUAAAGCGUAAGUAGUUUAUGACCAUCAGUGUGUAUCGAAGAAUGAAGCACUUGAUGCAAUCACAUUUAAUGUGUAGUUUGACUAGUAAUAUCCCGUUGUGUCAAAUUCUGGCUCUUUCCAAUUAAUCGGAAUUGCCAUACAUUUCAGUAAGUUACUUUCUUUCACUAUCUUAAAAUUUAUAGCUCUCUCACUUCUCAGAUUCUCUCCCUUUUCAAACAAUAUGAACCUAAUGGAUUAGGAAACAAGACUGUCCAGUUACUUGGUUUGUUUUUAGGCAGUUACCAAUGCUUUGUGAAUAAAAGGCAUUUUAUGUGUGAAUGUAAGCAUCUUGUGACCACCAUAUGGGUGGGAGAUUCUGAGAAUUUUAGUUCAAAAGUAACUUUUCCAACUUUUUACUAUUGUAUGUUCUAGUCUUCCUUUUUCAGGUGGCAUUUUGUGUUCUCUCCAGCAAAUUUAACAGAUUAAAAAAUAAGAUACAGUACAACCCCUUUAUCCAUUGAUUCAAUAGCCACAGUUUCACUUAUCCACACUCCAAAAAAAAACCCCUCCCCAAGUGUUUUGAGGCCUCGCUAGAUCCUCCAGUAUGAUUCCAGUCUAAUUAUAAUCAAAAUGUAUGGUUCUGUAUUAUUCACAGUUUUAUGUCUCCAUAGAGUAUGUGUUUAUGGCUUGGAUUGUAUCCCCAGUGGCUACAGGGGUUGUACUGUACAGUAUGUUGAGUUCACCAUCAGAUACAGAAUUCAUCUUCUGUAUUUUUAGUGGUACUAAAAUAAAUUUGUUUAGCAUAGCAUACAGAAGAAUAGCCACUUCUGGUUGUCUUGAGCUUGGUGAUAUUAGAUGUGCUGUUAUGCUUUGUUUAGGAAUUCUUAAAGCUAGAACAACAGCCUUUAAUGGCCUGGCUGUAUACUUAUGCUGGAAAGUUAUUACAGGAGUCAUUUUUGUCACAAGAGCAACUUAAAAGAACUAGCCCUCUAUAAAAAGCACCUUCAAAACAAAUGGGAGGAAAUUCUUUUUCUUCCUAAUCAUCUUUGAAAUGUUACCAAAUAUAAAAAUUUAAUGGGCAUGAUGUAGUCUUGUAAAAUGUGGGGAAACUGGUCCUAAGUGACACUGAAUCAUUAUGGUUUUCUGGAGUUUCAAAAUAGCUUCAGUUUUAACAGCAUCAUGUAAACUACAAAAAUGGGGGCCCCAGUGGUGCAAUGGGUUAAACCCUUGUGCCGGCAGAACUGCUGACUAAUAGGUCAGCAGUUCAGUACCUUGGAGAGCAGGUUGAGCUCCCUCUGUCAACCCCAGCUCCCCAUGUGGGGACAUGAGAGAAGCCUCCCACAAGGAUGGGAACACAUCAAACAUCCGGGCAUCCCCUGGGCAACGUCCUUUCAGGUGGCCAAUUAUCUCACACCAGAACCGACUUGCAGUUUCUCAAGUCGCUCUUGACACAAAAAAAAUCUACAAAAAGUUACAAUUUUCCAAAAAGACUGGCUGCGCUCAGUUCUGUGCGCAGUUUUGCACAACAGGAAAUGUAGGGAGGUUUGGUAAAUGUUGUAUGUGUAUAUUUUAAAAAUUGCUAGGAUCUGCUACCCACAGGCAAAUGUGAUUUGUGAAAAUGAUCGUAACUGCAAAUUGGGGGCCAAACCUGCCAUUCAUGUGUCUUUUCCACUCGUACUAUUUCACUUGCUUUGUCUAGAUUCCAAAAUGGAACACAUUGGUUUAAAAAAGCUUUUAUAUCCGUUUCAAAACACUUCUAUUCUUAUGAAUGCCAAUGGAAAUCAGCACAUAGUUCCUGAAUGGAUUUAGAUGAUCAAACACUAAACUGCAUUAAUGUCAUUAUCCUGUGCUAGAAGUCUCGUUUCCAACCUCUGAGUGGUUAACUCGUGGGCAGAAACAAAACUUCCCCCAGUGAGAGGGGAACAUGAGCAUAGAAGGUAAACUGGAAUGGAUGAUGACCUUUCUCUCCAAACUGCAAUAUUGUGAGAUAAUGAUGCUUUAAACACCAUGGCUGUGUCCUGAAAAAUUGCAAACACCAUAAAGCAGUAGUUCUCAACCUGUGGGCCCCCAGAUGUUUUGGCCUUCAGCUUCCAGAAAUCCUAAUAGCUGGUAAACUGGCUGGGAUUUCUGGGAAUUGUAGGCCAAAACACCUGGGGACCCACAGGUUGGGAACCACUGCAAAGAGCCUUCUAGCAGAAAUUUCUAAGAACUUCAUCAAACUACGAACUCUGGGAUUUCAUAGGACAGAAGGUGGCAUCAAAGUGCUAUUAUUCUCUAAUAUAGAUUUGAACCCCCAGCUAGCAAAGGAACUGGCAGAGUUGUACAUUUUGUGAAUCAAAGGUUCACAAAAUCCUCCUCCUGGCAUAUUCUCCAUGGUCAUUUUGCACGAUGCCAAGUUUUGAGAAAUCCUACUCUUUGUUAUUAGAUCAAUAGUGCUGCCAGAUGGGAAAAUCUAAGGUCAUCUCACGCAUGCUAAAGAAGUUGCAAAAUACGUUGGCAAUCUCUGAUUUUGACAAGUGUAAGAGUGCUGAAAAUGCUUUGCUGUUUAAAUGUCAAUGGUUGUCCUUUGUAUUGACUGAUUAUACCAGAGCAGCAUAUAGGCUUCUCAUUAAAGUCGAAGCAUAUUGUAUUGUAAAUAAGAACAAACAAUAUAUAUAAUAUUAUAAGCUGACUCUUUAUAAAGGGAAACUUAUCAGAUACUAUCAGAUAUUUUAUUUACCAAAGAUGUUCUUUGUAUUUUAAAUUUGAAUAUUUGAAUAUUUGCCAUUUGUAGUGCUUAUUUUGCAGAGCAAAGGAAAAUAAAUGUUUCACUACUGUUUUUUAUAAUGCAAUAAAGGUUACUGAAGUCUA